AUGAGUGUGAUCAAGUAUUCGAGCUUAUUGGUUAUUACAUUCUUGAUGGCAUUGCUAUCAUUUACUGUUGAGUCUCGAUCUCAUGUUGAUGUUAUUUUUCAUUUGAGGAAGUAUGGCAAUAUUGUGUCUGGUGCCGAUGUCACUGAGGCUUUGAAAGAUGCAUGGAAUGAUGCAUGUGCAUCUCUUCGUCCAAGUGCGGUGGUUAUUCCAAAAGGAACAUUUAAAGUAAGAGAAGGAGAAUUUAAAGGCCCUUGCAAGAGCCCUGUUGAAGUUCGAGUUCGUGGAACAUUGCAAGCUCCAAAACACCCUCAUGGAGAUAGUUGGAUUACUUUUGCAUAUGUUGAUAGAAUGACACUAUCGGGUGGAGGAGUUUUUGAUGGCCAAGGAAAGGCAGGUUGGGAAAAGAAUGAUUGCCAUAAACAUAUAAGUUGUGCUCGCCUCCCUAUUAGUUUAAGAUUUAACUUCAUUACCAAUUCGAUUGUGAGGAGAAUAACAUCACUUGAUAGCAAAAACUUCCAUGUCAACAUCCUAGGAUGCAACAACCUCACAUUCGAUGGUGUCAACAUAAUUGCACCAGAAGAUAGUCCCAAUACAGAUGGAAUACACAUUGGUCGAUCCAUUGGGAUCUCAAUCUUGAAAUCUCGAAUAGCAACAGGAGAUGAUUGCAUCUCACUUGGAGAUGGAAGCAAACGAGUAAAAAUCACCAAUGUGACAUGUGGGCCAGGUCACGGAAUAAGCAUAGGAAGUCUUGGAAAAUACACUAAUGAAGAACCUGUUGAAGGUGUCAUCGUAAAGAAUUGCACAAUAAUGAACACCACUAAUGGUGUUAGGAUCAAAACAUGGCCAGCCUCUCCCGUUGCUGGUAUUGCAACCAAUAUGCAUUUUUUAGACAUUACAAUGGUCAAUGUUAGCAACCCAAUUCUCAUAGAUCAAGAGUAUUGCCCAUGGAAUCAAUGCAAUCGCAAGAUUCCAUCAAAGAUUAAGAUUAAUAAAGUGAGCUUCAAGAAUAUUAGAGGAAGUUCUGCAACUCCAGUGGCAGUCAAACUUAUUUGUAGUAGCAACCUACCGUGUGAAGAAGUAAAAGUAGCCAACAUUGACCUCGUCUAUAAUGGAAUAAAAGGUUCUCUUACAUCUGAAUGCAUGAAUGUGAAACCAAUCAUUUCAGGAACACAAAAUCCUCCAAUUUGCUCUUCCUCUUAUACUACAAAAUGA